CCAGGAGAAGCAAAAUACGGGCUGCUUGAUGAAGGAUUUGAACUGAGAUCGCUUUGCUUCAUUCCAGUGAUCUGGUUUCUGUCUUUUACUGAUUGUGAGUCCACAUGCAGGUCGUGUCCACAUUGCGUCAGUUCUAACUUUAUUUCAUUCUUCCAUAAUAAUUCAUAAUCAGACCAAGUUCUGGAGAGGAAAUGACACGGGUUUAAGUGAUAAGCUUUGGUAUUUCUAACAUGACGGUGAGUUUUGGAUGAAGAUCGUUUGACCUGACAGGGGCUCGCCUGGGCUCGCUGGGGGCCAGUGGAGUGCUAUGAUUCAGUUGGAUGUCAUGCAGGGGUGUGUUGUGGUCCGCUUCUGCGAACUGGAUUUUGGAAAGAGGUUAUCUCCAGCUGAUAAGAGGCUCAUUUAAAAGGUUGGUUAGGAUGAGACUGAGUGACUUCACACGACCAACUGAAGAGAGAAACAACCGAGAGCUCACCGACAGAGGAUUCCACCGACCAUGCUGCUGUCCGUGCUCUGUGUCUCCGUCGCCAAUAUGUUUUUGUCUCUUGGAGUUGCCUGCAUGCCCCUAUCGGACCACGGGCCCCACAUAGCCCACGGCUGGGACCAGGUAGUCCGGCUCAGGCACCUGUACGCUGCUAGACCAGGACUGCACCUCCUGAUCAGCGGGGAUGGACAGAUCCACGGCUCCGAGGACCAAAGUGUGUACAGCCUGCUGGAGAUUCGUCCCGUGGAUUCAGGCUGUGUUGUCAUCAGGGGAGCCGCAACCGAGCGCUUCCUCUGCAUAGAAGGCGACGGAAGACUGUACUCAUCGCACACCUACAGCAGAGAUGACUGCACCUUCCGAGAGCAGAUCUUACCAGAUGGGUACAACAUCUAUGUCUCUGACAGACAUGGAGCUCUGCUCAGUCUGGGAAACCACCGGCAGAGGCUGCAGGGUCGAGACCGUGGUGUCCCAGCUCUGGCCCAGUUCCUCCCCAGAAUCAGCACCCCUAAUCAGUCUUCUUACUCUGGACUGCAAGUCCUUGACCAGCCGGGACAGAGUGCAGCCCAAACAGAGGAACCUAUGGACACAAUGGACUCGUUUGGAAAGCUCUCUCAGAUCAUUCACAGUCCCAGCUUCCACAAGAGAUGAGACUGCAGCUCUGAGACACCAGGACAUGAGUGUGUUCUGGUGUGUUCUGCUCUGUCCAAGGCCUGAAACCAUGCACUCCUUCCUGCAUGUUAAAAACCAGGGACUGACUGCGACACUCUUCCAGCACUGUCCCAUCAGACAUGACCUAACAAAAUACAAGUGCAGUGUCUUACAACAAUGUGGACAAUCACUUGUACUGAGUAGAAUGUUUCAUCCUGUCAUUUUCAGUGACCAAACAAACAGCCAUAGUGUGCUCGUUCCUCCUUCUGAUACACCAGGAGGAUGUGUUUGACACAAUGGUGUGUUUAGAGUAAAAAGAAGGUGACAGCACCAGAAAGCAUCGAUGAGCCAAGAGCAGCACCCACAGAGAGUGGAGAAAGGAAAAGUAUGUUUGAUUCUAGGUGCAGUGACAUCAGACAUUCUAUAUGUUCUGACUGUUUGCCACUGAAUACAAAGUCUCUCAGAUUUCCCAGGGUGCAUUUGAACAGAACAAGAAUCUCAGGGUACACGGCCACAGUGAGCUGAGGAAGAGAAACAGAACUUUGCUGUCUGUAGAUGAGGAUCAUGUUUGGAAAAUGGCAUAGUAAGUUAAUAACAUCCUGACAGAUAAUAUAGUUGUUCUAUUUAUUUGCUUAUUUAAAUGUCCAGCAGUUUCAGUGUGAAUAAUGUUUGCUUUAGAGCAUUUCACUGUACGCAUUGGUGUUUCCUGUUGUUGUAAAUGUUUGUGUUUAAUCUGAUAGAAGAUAAAUUUUGCAAUAAAGGCGUUAUUGUAAAAAAAAAAUAGAGUGUGAUUAAUGCUUGUUAAGAUGGAAACUGUGGAAAAAGUGAAAAAAUAAAUUAGAGUAUAUCACAUGCUUUUGCUUUUAUUGAAUAUUUCUGACAGAGUCUUAAACCCAAUGUUACAGGGACCCCCAACUUAGUACACGUCAGGCCAAAACACAUCCUUGAUCAUCAUCAGACAGAACGUUAUGCAUUCAAAUAUCUGUUGAAAUGGUAAAUAGCAUGUGAGCUAACUAAUGAUCCAGAGCUAAUUAUUGGAAGAAUGGAUUCUCUCGUGGUGACCCCUGGAGGCCACAGAACUCAUUGCACCCAAAAUACAAACAUGACUCAGACUCAUUCAUUUAGAAUGAAUAUUAAAAAUAAAUAAUAAAAAUAAAAACACUAGAGUUAUAAAUGAAUUCAAAUUACAAAAGAUAAAUCAUAAAGGUCAAUUACAACAUGAAAUACCAUUUUCAGCGUUUACUGUUUGUACCUGAGGUCAUCCAACCAUUCAAUGUGACCUGUCUGUUAGUUUUUCAAUAAUACUUUGAAAACAAAGAUGUUUUUAUGUUUUUGUGCUAACAGGAAGAGAUCAAGGAGAUUAAUAACACAAUUAUUGUUGGUGAGCAAAAUUCAGUGAUCAUUUUUUGUUUGGAAUGAAAAUGGGUAAACAAGAUUCUACUCAUCAUGAACACUUUCAUAAUCCACCCAUAUGUAUAAUCAUUUGACUGCAUGAGAUUGGCCAAUAUGUUGUUGUUAAAGUACAACUACAAUUAAACUUUACUUAUAUGCUAUUACUUACUGUACUCUCACUGUCUUGUAACACACAAAAAAGUUAUGAGAGCAAAAUCUCAGUGGAUUACAGUAAUGUUAUUCAUCCAUCAUCUACAGUCUAUGCAAUUUGUUCUGAAUAUUUGACUGAGCUGUCCCCAGAGGAAUGUGAAGAAAUAUUCAUCUGAACACAUCUUCUUUUCUUGAGACCUGUGGAGCUGCUGUUGGUAUCUUUAGAUAUCACUGCUACUGGACAGUUAUCCCAGUUAGUGACUAGUUAGUUACUGGUUCUGUUUUGUACAGCAGUCUGCUAAACUAAAGUCUAAAUGUUCAUAUUCAACUAUUAACUUCUGACUAGAUAAAUGCCUGAUAUACAAUCAGUCAUAGACUGAAUCUCUCUGUGCAUGGACAGUGUUUGCACAGUUUUGGACCAUACAUCAUUUUAAUGCUGACUUAGAGAAUCUCAUACAGCUCAAAUAUAAAGACCGUCUGCAGCACAUUUGUGUACCAGAACUGAGUUUGUUCUUCUCUCCUCUCCCAUUAAUCAUCUUACAGCCUUUUAGAAUAUCUGGUGAUGCUUCUAAGUGACCUGAACCUUUGGUUGGGAACAAACUAACUGUAAUUAAUUGUAUAUUGAAUUAAAAAAUAUAGACUAAACAUUAAGAAAGUACAUAGUGAGGCAGUGACCUCGGGAUGGUUCAAUGUGUGGCUGUGGUCCUGUCGACGACAUGAAGCCGUCACAUAGCUUGAAGAAACACCUUGAGCUGUCUUUCAGUAAAUGAACUCAGCCUGGAUCACUCUGAACAUUCACACAGCCAUGAUGAGGUUUGUUUUUUAACACAUCUUUAAUUGAUUCACAUAAAUCUAUCCCAGUGAUUGUUUAACAAAAAAAUUAUCAUCAGAUCACAUUUAAAAAACACCACAGAACAGCAGAUAAAUAGUCAUUUACUGUAAAACAUAUAGUGUGAUAUCCCUUUUAAAAGUGCAAGAUCAAUUUA